GGGAACCUCGGCUUCAUCCAUGUCAGCUUCUCUUUAGUGCAUGCCUUGUCUCCAGAGGUUUACUAGAGAGAUUGAUCAGGACUAGAAGAGGAGAGACUCAUCAUCUAUCUGCUCCAAUGCUACUGACAGAGGAGUCUGGUCUUUUCUAUUUUCAUAGUUGAGCCAGAUGACCCUUCACGUGUCAGCCCACAUUCAGUGCAAAACCAAGGUAAAGUGUCUGUAUGUGAUAGUGUUCCUGAGUCUCUCCUUGACCAUGGGAGACCCUGGUCCAUGCAGACACUCCAUCACCAGAGAUCACCUGCUGACCAUAAGACGCCUGAUAGAUAACCAGUUGCAGAGUGGAUGCUCAAUAACCUACACAUUCAUUGAGCGAAGAUGUUUGAGUAAAUGUUGUUAUGUGAAAGCUGCCCUGCCCUGGAUCUUGGAGCUCCUGACCAGCCACUUCAGAUACACCCAAGGCUCAGACAACCACAGCUACGUCCUGUCUCUGAUCGGUCUCAUCCACAACAUCUACUCUCAGAGAUGUGUACCACAGAUCAACGAGGAGCUUGAGGAUGACCCAGUGAGCUUUGGGAUGUCAUUAAGAAGCUCCCCAUCAGAGGCCCUGGGGAGGGUCCAGGAUGUCCUGUCUGAGUACUGGGAGCUGGUGACCACCAGGGACUCCCCAGUAGACUGGAGCUGUGAGAGGGAGUACAGAGACACACAAGAGCCCCCCACAGCCCUCCCUACAGCUUUCUCUCUGACUACAGUCAGCACUUUUUGGGACUCAGAGAAAGCCCCUCAGACUGGUCUAGAUGGAGACCAAGUUGGAGACCUGAAGUUUGAUUUCAUGGUCAUAACUCCAUCAGUCUGUGGAGGAAUGAUGUUCAUAUUCACUCUCUAUUGCCUCAUCAAACACAAGAUGUUCCACAGUACUUAUCAUCACACAUCACAAGUGUACCAAAACUCAAGUUUGCAUACAGAUAUUCAGGACAUUGAGAUGCAGGCGCAAUAA